AUGAGUUCCAGCAAGGAUUCAGCGUCCGGCGUUCCCGCCCACAGCAAAGGUUCCUGGACAAGUUUCCUUAAGUCUAUCGCCUCCUUCAACGGAGAUCUUUCUUCCUUGACCGCCCCGCCCUUUAUUCUCUCGUCCACCUCCUUGACCGAAUAUUCUGCCUACUGGGCCGAACACCCAGGCCUUUUUGUGGCUGCUGCAAAAGAAGCGGAUCCAGAGAAGAGAGCUCUGGCCGUCUUGAAGUGGUUCCUCAGCACUCUCCACCAGCAGUACUGCAGUCGCAGUGAGAAGCUCGGUAGCGAAAAGAAGCCCUUGAACCCUUUCCUGGGAGAGUUGUUCCUUGGCAAAUGGGAUGCCGAUGCGGAUGUGGGCGAGACCACCUUGAUCAGUGAGCAAGUCAGCCACCAUCCCCCUGCUACUGCCUAUGCUAUCAGAAACGAGAAGCAUGGCGUCGAGCUACAAGGAUACAACGCCCAGAAGGCAUCCUUCUCCAGCACCAUUCAAAUCAAACAGAUCGGACAUGCUCUGUUGACCCUCACUCCUCCAGGUGCGGAUAAGAACGAUCCUUCUCAGCAGGAGCGCUACCUGAUCACCCUCCCGCACUUGCACAUUGAAUCCCUUAUUUACGGGACGCCGUUCGUCGAAUUGGAGAAGUCCACUCGCAUUGCCAGCAGCACUGGCUACGUGGCGAAGAUUGACUACUCUGGCAAGGGCUGGCUGAGUGGCAAGAAGAACACCUUCAGCGCCAUCCUUUUCAAGGAGAACGAGGGCGAGAAGAAGCCUCUGUAUACUGUUGACGGACAAUGGUCAGAUUCUUUCGUCAUCAAAGACUCCCGCAAGCAUGAGGUGGACAGAUUCUCCGUCAAGGACACGAAGACCACCCCGUUGACUCUGGCGCCCGUCGACCAGCAAGACCUCUAUGAGAGCCGGCGGGCAUGGCGCGAUGUUGCGGCAGGCAUCGAGCAGGGCGAUAUGGAUGCCGUGUCCGUGGCCAAGUCGAAGAUCGAGAACGCCCAGCGCGAGCUUCGCAAGGUCGAGAAGUCGGAAGGCCGCGAGUGGGACCGACGCUUCUUCAAGCGUGUCAAUGACACCGACGAUGAGGAGUUCUGGCGACUUGCGAGAAUGAUCGGCGUUACGUCCUUGGAGAGCGACAAGACCGGCGGUGUCUGGCGGUUCGACCCUACCAGCGCUGCGGACGCCAAGCCCCCUUACCACAAGACCGGCGGCGAGGGUCUGGGAAUUACUGCAUGA